CUGAAACCCCCAACACCGUUUCUCAGACCUUAAUGCCUCAAAAAUCCGAACUGUCCGAGUAUGAGAUACGAUGGGACUGGUACUGGAUCGAGCGCUAUCACUUCUUCCAUUCGAGAGGCUACAGGUUGCGACCGAGAUUCCACCCAGACCACGUGCCUACCAAGGUAGACUUGCGGGUCAACUGGCGAGACGAUUCGCGUGCCAGACACCUGCGAGCUCAAAUUAUGGACGCGGUGCAAAUCUCGACGGGGAAAGCAGUCAUGCUCAAGUGGACUUCCAGAGCCAGGCAUCCCUACGAAGUUCAGAUCGCGAGUCUCUUUUCGUCGCCUGAAUUGCAAAAAAAUCCGCAAAAUCACUGUGUUCCUAUUUUCGAGAUUUUUCCUGAUCCCCUGGACGACGACAAGGAUAUCGUAGUCAUGGCCAGGAUGGUCGUAUUCUGCGACGCACCGUGGAGAACGAUUGGAGAAGUCGUUGAUUGUUUCCGUCAAUUGUUUGAGGGUGUGCAAUUUAUGCACGAGAAUUUUGUGGCACACCGGGACUGCGCUUUACUCAAUUUUGUCGUCGAUCCCUCGAAAUUGUAUCCGCAAGGGUUUCAUCCGGUUGCGCACUGGAUGAGCCCGACCAUGGAAAGAGGAGCCGUGACAAUUGGGCGCGCCAAAUGUUGGCCCUCCUACUAUAUCAUCGAUUUCGGUCUCUCCCGACGCUACAAACUGGACGACGGCCCGCCCCUCGAGCCUGUACGCCGAGGCGCAGACCAGACUCCUCCUGAACACGCGGGUUCUUCACCAGAACCUUGCAAUCCAUUUCCUACUGACAUCUAUUAUUUGGGCAAUAUGAUCCGAGAAGAUUUCAUGAAAUACUCUCAUGCAGCUCCAGAGAGGUUUGACUGCCCCAGUUCGCUUCGGUUCAUGGUACCGCUGAUUCAGGAUAUGACUCGAGCGGAACCUGAACUCCGGCCUACCAUCGGCGAAGUUGUUGAGUGCUUUAGAUCGCUCUGCUCUUCUCUCACCCGAUGGCAUCUCCUUCGACCUCCGUCCUCGUUGAAUGUGUUCGAGCAUGCUUACUACAGCGUGGUGCAAGCCAAAAAACUGAUCACGCGGGCACCCGCAUUGCCGCCUGCUGCCCUCGAUCCCCCAAUUCGACCCCGAUUUGUGCUAGAUGAUCGAUUGCGGGAGUUUUUCACCGCUUCUAGGACGGUAGAUAGCUGUAAUAGCUCCAUCUAGAUACCUGCUAUGUAACAUCAUGACAGUCUGAAUUGCACAUUCUCACAAU